AUGCAUCGGGCGACGCAAUCGGUCGACGCAAAGCUUGCAUCGGUCGCCGCAGCCGGUUCUGUCUGGUUCAAUUGGAAAUUGUUUCUGCUAGAGGUUGUGGCGCGAGAGGGCGCGGUGCUUGAGGCCGUGGAGGCCGGGGCCGAGAUUGUGGACUUCGGCGGAUUCGGGAGAGAGUGUGGUGCCGAGUGUGGCGACUGCGUCGGUGACCCAGUCGUGGUUCCACAAGGGGCUCCGGGAGUACCUCCAGUGGCAGAGGUGCAGCAGAGGGCUGCGGGAUUUGUUCAGCCGCAGGCUGCGGGUUUGAUGGUGCCGUCCUAUCUUGGAUAUGAUGGGGCACAUGCAGAGGAUUGGUACGCCGUUUUGAGGGCGGAGUUAGCCCAGAGGCGGCAGAUGAGUGGCGUCAGAGAUUGGAGCGGAAUUUCCAGUCUAUCAGAUAAUUGUGGAGGUUCUCAACGCAUGUGUUGUGUAAUGACCUUGUUAGUGGGCGGUUUUGAGUCCCACGUUUUAUUCGACUCUGGAGCAUCGAAUUGCUUCAUUACACCGGAGCGUGCCGAGAAGAGUGGCAUCCGGAGUAGCGCGGCGAGAGCGCGGGCAUGGUCAAGGUGGCGGGAGGUGGAUUCUUGUCUACUUUGGGCCGUGCUAGAGGAGUCGAGAUCGAGAUUGCGGGGCAGUCAAUGCCAGCAGAUUUGGUCAUCAGUCCGGUGGAGCUGUAUGAUGUUAUUCUCGGGAUGGACUGGUUGUCACUACAGAGUUCAUCUGGAUUGCUACAGAGGUAGAGUGGUCUUCGAGCGAGAUGCAGGGAGGUUGGUUUAUCAGGGAGUGAGACCGACUUCCGGGAGUAUUGUGAUAUCUGCUAUUCAGGCCGAGCAGUUGUUAGAGCGGGGCUGUGAGGCGUAUCUGGCGACGAUUUCUAUGUCUGAGUCAGGAGCUGGAGUUGUUAUGGGAGAUAUUGAGGUUGUCCAGGAUUUUGAGGAUGUCUUUCAGUCACUGAAGGGAUUACCACCAUCUCGGUCUGAUCCUUUCACGAUUGAGUUAGAGCCGGGGACAGCACCGAUAUCGAAGACGCCUUACAGGAUGGCGCCAGCUGAGUUGGCAGAGCUGAAGAAGCAGAUAGAGGACCUUUUGUCUAAGGGGUUCAUUCGACCGAGUGUUUCACCGUGGGGAGCACCGGUGUUGUUUGUGAAGAAGAAGGAUGGAGUUUCAGACUUUGUAUCGAUUACAGAGAUUGACUUGGCAUCGGGGUAUCAUCAGAUCCCGAUAGAUGAGGCAGAUGUCAGGAAGACUGCUUUCAGGACGCGUUAUGGGCAUUUUGAGUUUGUGGUUAUGCCUUUCGGUUUGACUAACGCGCCGGCAGCCUUCAUGAGAUUGAUGAACGACGUGUUCAGGGAGUAUUUGGACGUGUUUGUCAUCAUUUUCAUUGAUGAUAUUCUGGUAUACUCGAGGAGUCAGGAGGAGCAUGCGACUCACUUGAGGUUGGUUCUGGAGAAGCUUCGGGAGCAGAAGCUUUUUGCUAAGUUGAGCAAGUGCAGUUUCUGGCAGCGAGAGAUGGGAUUUCUUGGCCACAUUGUUUCUGCAGAGGGAGUUUCUGUGGAUCCGGCUAAGAUUGAGGCUAUCAGAGAUUGGCCUAGACCUAGUAGUGCCACCGAGAUCAGGAGUUUUCUGGCUGAGUGUGAGGAGAGCUUUAGUCAGCUCAAGGAGAUGUUGACUACUACACCAGUGUUGGCGUUACCCGAGCCAGGGAAGCCUUACAUGGUGUAUACAGAUGCUUCAGGCAUUGGUCUUGGUUGUGUGCUGAUGCAGGAGGGCAGAGUGAUAGCAUAUGCUUCGAGACAGUGGCAGGGCAGUGAGCGUAACCGUCCUACACAUGACUUAGAGUUGGGAGCAGUGAUCUUCGCGUUGAAGAUUUGGAGGUCUUACUUGCUGGGUGAGACAGUACAGGUCUUCACGGAUCACAAGAGUUUGCAGCAUAUCUUCACUCAGCCGAUGAUGAACGCGAGACAGACGCGCUGGGUUGAGUUCUUGGCGGACUAUCAGGUGAACAUUAACUACCAUCCGGGCAAGGCUAACCUAGUGGCGGACGCGUUGAGUAGACGGAGGUAUGAUUCCGCAGUUGAGCGAGAUGUGGAGUCUCUGGUUGGCGAGAUCAGUACCUUGCGUUUGUGUGCCAUUUCGCAGGAGCCUUUGGGUUUAGAGGCAGUGGAUCAGGCGGAUCUACUUAGCAGGAUCAGAGUUGCUCAGCAGAGUGAUCAGAGUUUGCUAGAUGCGACGAGAGUGACUGGUUCUGAGUAUGAGGUCUCUGCGAAUGGGACUAUCUUGGUUCGUGGGCGAGUUUGUGUGCCUAAGGAUGUGGAGUUGAGACAUCAGAUUCUGAGAGAGGCUCAUUCGAGCAAGUUUUCCAUUCAUCCGGAGCGACCAAGAUGUACCAUGACCUCAAGAGAGCAUCAGGUUCCGGGUGGUCUUUUGCAGAGUUUACCCAUUCCAGAGUGGAAGUGGGACAGGAUUACGAUGGAUUUCGUGGUUGGACUACCUGUUUCGAGGACUUUUGAUGCUAUUUGGGUGAUUGUGGAUCGGUUGACUAAGUCUGCACAUUUCUUGGCCAUCAAGAAGACAGAUGGAGCUGCUGUCUUGGCUAGGAAGUUUGUGCGAGAGAUUGUGAGGCUGCAUGGAGUGCCAGCUAGUAUUGUGUCAGACCGUGAUCCCAGAUUCACUUCAGAGUUUUGGAGAGCUUUCAGGCAGAGAUGGGCACUAAGCUUUCAGGCGAGUAUUGGCAUGGCUCCAUUCGAGGCUUUGUAUGGGAGGCCAUGUAGGACACCCCUAUGCUGGACCCAAGUGGGGGAGCGCAGCAUGUAUGGAGCUACUUAUGUUUAG